GACUCCCGCUGAGCUGCCUCUGUUCUCCACAGUGUUGUCUGGAAGCUGCGGCUAACAACGCUGUCCACGCGGCGUGGGAAUCCUCUUUCUCCUUCCACGCUACGUACCUGGCUUGAGCUGUAGGUUCUGGGGAAACCCUCCUCUCAGGGACCAGUCCAGACUGGGUUGCCUCUGCUCGCUGUCGCUGCCGCGCCUUCCUCGCUGCGAUCCCAUCAGGACCAUGGAGGAAUUCUUCCAUUGCCCUCCCGCUCAGGGCGACUUGUACUCCGGAAUUUCUGGCCUGGCGCCUUUCGGGUGAGCUCAGAGACGAACCAGUCUCCCUGCCGGUUCGAGAUUACCCGAGAAGAGAGGAUCCGAUUGUCCCGGAGCUGCAAAUCGAUUUCUCUGUCCCCGCCUUCAUCCUCCUCUCCUUCCCCCUAGCCUCUGGGUUUGUUUAUGUAGCAUCUGGCAGCCGCGAGGCAGUGGCCACUACCUUCCGGCCGUGACUCGCCCUCCCCUCCCGGCUUCUAGGCUCCCGCACGUGGUAGACACCAGUAUCAUCGCCAGCAGGCAGGAGACAGCCAGCGGGAGGCGGACCCCUGGGUGCCAGCUCCACGCGCGUUCUCGCCGUCCUCACUCAUCCUCCGCGCGCCCUCUCCCACUUGCCUGUAAAGCCCGGUCACACUUGACAUUCGCCGCCUGCCAUCCGUCCCUUGCCGUGAAGUGGAGAUCAGAAAUACUGCCCUGGGGGUGCUGGUGAUGCUUCGCUGGGUUCGUUCAGUUGCUGGAAAAGAAUGGUAACAUGAACAGUGGAGCGUGAGAGCGUCAGCAGAGGAAGGGGGCGAGAUUGAUGGGUAGAGAGCACACUUCUCUGAGGCUCUCAUUCCCAGGACUGCACUUGGAGGAAGGGACGUCUUUGCGCCUGCACUUCCUGGCUGGACUCCGCUGACAUCUGUAGCCUCCUUCCAGCCAGGUUCCCAGGUCGCCUAGAUGCUGCCUGCAGAGGAGUGUUCUGACGGCGCAUGAAGAUCCAGGAGUUUGUGAACCCCUAUCCAAACAUAGUUCUGACCUGGUUAUGGUGUCCCUGGAUCUUGCCUGACAAGCUGGCUUCCAAGGGAGUUGAACUUGAGUUCAGAUGGCCAACUCCCUCUGAACCCUGCAGAUUGGUGCUGAGCACACAACAAAAGUUUUUUGCUUCCCCUCAGUUUCUGGUGCUUCCCAGGAAAGAGGAAAGGACUUUGGCAUUAAACUCAAGAAGUAGUCUGGGAGACAUCUCUAACUUUUCUCCAUUGUUAUCCUUUGCAAUGAAGAGGAAACAGAAGAGGUUUCUGCAAAUGACUUUGUUAUUCACCGUGGCUUUAAUUUUCCUGCCCAACAUUGGUCUCUGGUCUUUGUACAAGGAUAAACACCUGGUGAAAUCUGCAGAACCCGCGGAGCAUCAGACAUUUCCACUGGGCCUAGGAGAUGGGCAAUUCUAUUCCUGGACAGAUGGUCUGAGAAGAAAAGACUGGCAUGACUAUGAGAGCAUUCAGAGAGAUGCUUUGCGCUCAGGGAAAGGUGAACAUGGAAAACCAUACCCACUUACUGAAGAGGACCGGGAUGACUCAGCUUACAGGGAAAAUGGCUUCAACAUUUUUGUCAGCAACAAUAUUGCUCUAGAGAGGUCUCUGCCAGACAUCCGCCAUGCCAACUGUAAGCACAAGAUGUACCUUGAAAGGCUGCCAAACACCAGCAUCAUUAUCCCAUUUCACAACGAAGGUUGGACCUCACUCUUGCGGACCAUACACAGUAUAAUCAACCGAACACCAGAGAGUCUGAUAGCAGAAAUCAUUCUAGUCGAUGACUUCAGUGAUAGAGAACACUUGAAGGAUAAAUUAGAAGAUUACAUGGCUCGGUUUUCCAAAGUGAGAAUUGUACGCACCAAGAAAAGGGAAGGUCUCAUCCGGACCCGACUCCUGGGAGCUUCCGUGGCUAGAGGAGAGGUGCUGACCUUCCUAGACUCCCACUGUGAGGUCAAUGUGAACUGGCUGCCCCCGCUCCUCAACCAAAUUGCACUAAACCACAAAACCAUCGUGUGUCCCAUGAUCGAUGUCAUUGACCACAAUCACUUUGGGUAUGAGGCACAAGCUGGGGAUGCCAUGCGAGGAGCCUUCGACUGGGAAAUGUACUACAAAAGAAUCCCGAUCCCUCCAGAGCUGCAGAGGGCUGACCCCAGCGACCCCUUUGAGUCUCCGGUUAUGGCUGGAGGUCUCUUUGCAGUGGAUCGAAAGUGGUUUUGGGAACUGGGUGGCUAUGACCCAGGCUUGGAAAUCUGGGGAGGAGAGCAGUAUGAAAUCUCUUUUAAGGUUUGGAUGUGUGGAGGAGAAAUGUUUGACGUUCCGUGUUCUAGAGUCGGUCAUAUCUACAGGAAGUAUGUCCCUUAUAAAGUUCCAUCUGGGACCAGCCUAGCAAGAAACCUGAAGCGUGUGGCUGAGACCUGGAUGGAUGAAUUUGCUGAGUACAUUUACCAGAGGCGGCCAGAGUACAGGCACCUCUCCACCGGAGACAUCUCUGCCCAGAAGGAGUUGCGGAAGCGACUCAAGUGCAAAGACUUCAAGUGGUUCAUGGCUGCUGUGGCCUGGGACGUGCCUAAGUACUACCCUCCGGUCGAGCCCCUGCCUGCAGCGUGGGGUGAGAUUCGAAGUGUGGCAGCCAACUUAUGUGUGGAUAGCAAGCAUGGAGCCACAGGGACCGAGCUCAGGCUGGACGUCUGUGUCAAGGAUGGCUCUGAAAGGACAUGGUCUCACGAACAGCUCUUUACUUUCGGGUGGAGAGAAGAUAUUCGACCCGGUGAGCCUCUGCACACCCGAAAAUUCUGCCUGGAUGCCAUCUCACACAGCAGCCCUGUCACCCUCUAUGACUGUCACGGCAUGAAAGGGAACCAGCUCUGGGGAUACCGGGAGGACAGAACAUUAUUUCAUCCUGUGAGCAACAGCUGUAUGGAUUGCAACCCCUCAGAGAAGAAGAUUUUCAUGGCCAGAUGUGACCCUCUAUCUGAGACUCAGCAAUGGAUUUUUGAACAUAUCAACAUGACUGUUUUAGAAAAAAAUAGCCACUAUGCCAUCUCCUAGAAAGGCAAGAAGAGAGAUUACCUACAGGUUGUGAACUGUGUUGUUGCAGGCGUCUGGGUCAAAGGAGUCAGGAGAAACAUUUCCUAGAUCCCAGGAAGCCUGGUUGAACGAUGUGUAAAGGCCAUGUUGACAUAGGCUGUCCAGGAGACGUUCCUACAUCUGAAGAACUUGGCUGAGAACCUCACCAGCUGCUUCUGAGAACCGAGACUAGCAGUUCCCUUGCUGGCCAAGGGUAAAGAUUACUUAGGGACUUUCAUCUCGACUGCUGAGUUAAUCAAUCCUAGCAUUUCUCAGGUCAAAUCCUGCAGUAGUGAGUAGCUAUGAAUGGAUCCUAUUAACCGGGUGGGAGGGGGGUGGAAACAGAGCGCAUGACUGCUCUGGCAACCUGAGGCUACCACAGGUCUAGAACUAGCCACGCUUAAGGGGUGAGCUGUACUCUUUGGUGCAAUUCUCUGACUAAGAGUGGGUUAAGCAGGUUUAACCCUUUAAAGUGCUGCAGAUGAUUUUAGAGUGCUCAUACCAUUUUUCUCUUUUCUUUGGUCUUCUCUUUAAACAAGGGUACAUGGCGUCGAACACUUACAUUACAUGCUCUCAUCCAAAGGCCAUGCUAUCCGUCAUGGUUCAUAAGAGCUCAUGGUCCACCAAUUAGCUGAAGUUCUAAUUCAGUGACCUUAGAUGAAUCCAGUUAAAAACAAAAACAAACAAACAAAAACUAUGCUACCCAGUUACUCCAAAGAAAGAUUUCUCAGAAGCAACAGAAUAUCACAAACACUCCCACAUACACACACACACAAGUUAGGGGAAAAUUUCCUUAGGAAAUCUAUUUUUACUUUUCUAUUAUUUUUAAAUAAAAAUCUGAUGUUUGUCCAGUCAUAAUUUUUAUUAAAGAAGACAGUGGAGAGGGUUCCAUGUAAUUUGUUUAGUCUAUCGUAAAUAAAUCUUCACUCCUAGUGAUGUAGAAAUGGCCUCAUUCACUUUAAUUCUGUUUAAUCUGGGAACUUUAAAAGUGGUGUUAUUUAGUUUUGUUUUUAGUUUUUUUUUUUUUUUUUUUUUUUUUUUCAAGACAAGGUUUCUCUGUGUAGCCCUGAUUGUCCUGGAACUCACUCUGGAGACCAGGCUGGCCUCGAACUCAGAAAUUCACCUGCUUCUGCCUCCCAAGUGCUGGGAUUAAAGGCGUGCACCACCACGCCCAGCAUCAUGGUGUUAUUUAAUUAUCAGUUUUGAAGCCCCCUCCAUGUUAUUGAAAAUAAAGGUAUUGUUGUUUUAUUCAGAAGCCUAGAAAAGGAACUACCAUUAAUAAAGCAUCUCUGAUGUCAUUUUCUGCUAAUGGACAAUAAUAUUUCAGGGGUAUGAGGAAAAAAAUGAAGUAACUUGAAAACUAACUAAAUUGGAUAUUUAAUCCUUUAAACAAUUUUUCCCUUUUCAAUGAUGAUGGAGUGGAGAGAAGAAGUGCAGGAGUGAAGAUUGGUCUCGAGAGGGGGAAUCAUUUGAUAUACAUGCUCCAUCUGUUUUGAGUACAGGUCAUUCCUAUACUGCUUUUUCUAUUUUUUUGAUGUAGUUUCCUUGUUAAUAAAAAGAUAUACAUCUAACAUUUUGGACAUAGAUCACUGAAGUUCAGGACAGGAAGAUACACAAGAGUCUGUCCUUUUUGUUGUUGUUGUUUAAAUAUUUUGUUUCUCUUGGAGUUGUUUUUAAAAUAAAUAAGAAAAGCCCAGAGAGGCCCAGCUUCUGGUGGGGUUUUUCACCUGGACACCUCACUCAGUGGAAAAGAAUCCUGUACUUCUCUCAAAAUGCCCAGUCAUUCAGAAACCUAAUAUAUAUGCUAUAUCUUCUUGAAAAUGUGCACUAUUAUUUUCUGUCCUCUAAUCAAAUAUGCAGUUAAACUACCCUGCUAAGAAUUGGGGAAGGAUUACUUCAGUAUCUUUACUGAUAUUUUUUCAAGCAUUCUUCUGACAAGCUCUUCUUUUUAAACGGAUUGUCACUGAGAUCUUUUGUAUAUGUCAAGUGAUCUCGAAACAGCGAAGAUGCAUAGUGGAGAAAAUCAAUAGUGAGAAAUUAUCCUAUGUGCUGAACAUGUCUAAGGUGUGAGGAAGGAUUUAUCUCUCAAAUGAUCCGAGACCAAUCUGGCUGGGGACUAAGAUGAUUCUAUAAAAAUCCACAUUAUGUCAUUAAGCAGUUGAUUGCCAUUUACAAUUGUACCAAAGACACAAUCUUGGGUUGUGCCCCCCCUCCCCCGAAGCCCAGAUUUGUAAUUAUCUCUUAGGAUGCUAUAGUCAUGGCUAACUCAAUUGGCCCUAUCGUAAGUACUGCAGCAUUUUAGUGAAGAACACAGUGAUCAAUCAAGAUCGGUCUCUUACUCUCUGAAUAAAACAUUAUUUUUUAAAAAUAUAUAUAUUAUUUUUUUCUUUAAACAUAGAAUGAAAGCUUGGACAUUAAAUCCAAAAUUAAAACUUCCAACUAUGAGCCAGUCAUUAAUUGUGUGCACACAGGGAACAUACAAAUGUAGUAGAGCCUGGAGAGGGCCCCUAAGCAAGAGGGCAGAGCACUGCCCAUUAAAGCACACUGGAAGAGAUGCUUCCUAUACCACUGAAGGUCAAGCGCUUACUUGCUUGAAAUACUAUCUGAAAAGCAAGCAUAAAACUAUAUAGGUUUGCCCUUUGAAUUAGCAAGAAGGAUAGAAGAGUCCUCAGAAAGACUAUUGCUCCUGGAAGUAACAUCCUUUGAGAAGUCCAUGGUCGAGUGCCCAUAGAUUCUUUUCCUAAAAUGAGGGAUGGUAAAAAGUUAAUGUAUCGCAGAAGUUGCUACUUCUCCAUGAUGAGAAAUAGCUCUGACAGAAGUAAAACAAUAAUUAAUUUUAAAGACCCUUUUAUGUUUUUACUGGGGGAAAAUAUGCUGUAAAACAAUUGGGAACUAAGUGUGUGGUUCAUACUUUUUCAAGAUUGGAUGAGUACCUUGGCAAUAAUGAUAUACUGGCUUCUGUGUCUACUUUUAUUUACAUAUAUGAAUAGAAUCACUUGACUGUUUUUAAAUGUAUUCAUUCUAUCAGAAGCCUCCGUGAAUAACGCAAGCUCCAGGACUAUUUUGUGAAUUGAUAACAUAGAACUUUAUACAAUAAAUGAAUAACACAUGAUGCAAAUGGACUCACAGUCAAUGAAAAAGCAGUGUUAGCCCCAUUAUCUCUACAUUUCUUUAAGAAACAUGAAACCAAUGUCAACUUGACACCAUUUCUUUCCAUGGCAAGCCAAUAUUUCAAAAGAAGGUAGCUGUCAAAAUAUAAGUAUGCUUCGUAUCUUCACAUGGAAAACUUCCAUUUUUUUCUUCAGUGUUUGAAAUUGAACCUAGAGUGUCGAGCAUACGAGGCAAGUGCUCUGAACUGAAUUCCCAGUCCUAUUUUCAUCCUUCUAGAACUAUCUAUAAGAAAAGAGCAAAAGGAAUCUUAUACUUGAAAGACCACCUCUAUAAAGGCAGCAGAUCCAUCAAAAGGAACACUGAUACUUUGAUUCUAAAAGCCUGCUGUCUAUCAGUCACAAAGGGCUACUUCUACCACUGAGCCAUUCCUCCCCUAAUUCUUCACUCUCCAGAAAGCUCAGAGAAGGGGGUGUUAGCCCCUUGCCUCAGUUUUCCUAGAGUUGGCAGUUAGUUCCCCUGCUCUUGCUUGCAGAAGAACAUUGGGUGGUUUUUUUUUCCACCCUUUCAGAUUUUAGGAUCAUCUUUAAAAAUAUGCCCUUGUAACUGUUUAUUUAUCCCCACAAAGCUGCUCACUAAAACGCUCUUUAUUUUUCCCCCUAUUGGGAAUAUAAGGCUGUCAUGUAUGUAGCUGGGUGCUGAGAAUAUGCUGGAAAUAAGGUCUUCAAUAUAAAUCAUGCAAAGGAACACCUCAAAGGGAAAUUUUAAGUGAUUCUUUAUGAUCAGGUGAGUGAACACACGUGGGAGAGUGCAUCACCGUCUCUGUAGACAUGAGUGUGUACAGCCCUCUCCAUUCACUGCCUGGGAAAAUCCUACCCUCGACACCGUCACUCACAGACUGAGAGCAAACAGUAAUUAUUCUCCACGUGUGAAGCUCUGGUUGAGGACACUGAAGCGUGACAAGUGGCCAGUGGCUCCCCCACUGCCAGCGUUGGAAGAGCGCUCUUUGAUUUAUGUCUAUAGCCUUUGCCUGCAGAACUCGAAGCUCUUUGCAACUCCAUUUGGUAGACUUGACACCAGCCUGAAGCUUUUAUCCACAGCCACUCAUCUCUGCUCUUGACAUUCCAGACUGGUGUGUCUGGUUCUGUGGCCUGUCAGCAGAAACAGCUCGGGCGCAGGUGUUUGAUGCUUCUCUUCAGAGAAAUCUGGAGACUUUUCCUGUAUCCCUCCCACCUGCUGUUGUUCCCUUCAGCUCCCCACACACUGGCUCUCUGGGAUUUUGAGAAUUCUCUGCUAUUCACAUCUGCUCCAUGUAACAAACGGAAGUAACUGACGCAGUACAGAAAGGCUGGUUAGAUUUCCAAAUCCUAUUGCUAAUGACUUUACCCGCACAUCAUUCACCUUGGGAUGAAAGCCAAUCAUAACCAAGAAGCAUAUAUUCUGGAUUUUCAGGGACAGUCAUGGUUUAUGUCUACUUACUAUGUAACUAUUCAUAGUGUCUUCCUUUGCUCUUAAAAAAUGACCUGAAUUAUGUAACACAUUGAAUAGUCAACUUAUUUAUAAUCUA